GUGAUCAAAACAAUAGCGGCGGGGGACGUUUUCAUUUUUUGCGGGAAAAUUUCCCAGCUCUCUCUUCCGUCGAAGCUGAACAGUAAAACCCUAAUUUUUAGAGAAACGAAUACAAUGCCAAGUCCAUCUCUUUCUCUGAAUUAAGUCAAUUAACCCUUUGGCCAAGCAAAUUCCAUUAUUCCCCCUCUUUUGUGGUUUGCUAGAUGUUUGCUGUUUCGAGAAUGAAGGCUCUGUUUCCCCUUCAAAUUUCCCAUCCCAUUGCGCCGUCCUUGCCUCACGCUGUCGCCUUGUUCUCCGCAGCUCCCAAGUCGACGCUUUUUUCUAUUUAUCCCGCAGUUACUCAGUUCCCCGCUUCUCCAUCUCUCAGACCCAUCAUGGGUUCAUCUGGGCCGACGUUUUCUCGUGUUCAAAACCGGAACUUUCGGCCAGCGGAGGCUGCGGGUGAUUUGACGACGUCCUACCCCUCCGGCGAAAUCCACGUCAUUGUGGGUCCGAUGUUCGCCGGCAAGACCACCAGUCUCCUCCGACGUGUUCAGUCCGAAAGCGAGAAUGGCAGGUUAGAAAUUGGCUCCAGUUGGAUAGAACUUUUCAGGAUCUUUGUUUCUCGGGGAGAUUGAAUGAAGCUGUGAGUCUCUUGUGGCGUACUGAAUCACCAGUGGACGAUAGAACCUAUUCGCUCAUGUUGAAAGAAUGCAUUCUCACAAGUCGGUAUAAAACCGGGAGAAGAAUCCAUUCACAGAUGCUCGUUGUUGGCCAUCUUCCCACUGAAUAUCUCAAGACCAAGCUAUUGAUCUUCUAUGGAAAAUGUGGAGACCUAAGAACUGCACUUGUGAUUUUCAACAAGCUAAUUGACAAAACUCUAAUCUCCUGGAAUGCCAUUAUCUCAGGCUAUGUGCAGAAUGGCCUUGAACUAGUGGGGCUCAGUCUUUACGCCAAAAUGAGACAAAUCGGCUUGACGCCUGACCCUUACACGUUUUCUUCCUUGUAUAGAGCCUGUGGUACUCUAGUCUUGUUGGAACUUGGGAAGCAAGCUCACGGCGUCAUGAUCAAGUGCAAUGUUGAAGAUAAUGUGGUUGUCAAUAGUGCCCUUAUCGAUAUGUACUUGAAGUGCAGUGACCUAGUUGAUGGGCAGAAGGUGUUCAAUGAAAUGCCAAAUAGGAAUGUGGUGACCUGGACGUCUCUGAUCUCGGGGUAUGGUCAGCAUGGAAGAGUUGAAGAAGUUUUGGAAUUGUUUAGUAGGAUGAAGGAAGAAGGGUUUCAGCCAGAUCAUGUCACUUUCCUUGCUGUGUUAUCUGCUUGUGGUCAUGGAGGAAUGAUCGGUCAAGGUUGGGAUUACUUCUCAUCGAUGAAGAUUUAUGGGAUUGAGCCAAGAUGGAAGCACUAUGCUGCCAUGGUUGAUCUCUUGGGUCGAGCGGGAAAACUCCAAGAAGCUUAUGAUUUUGUUCUGAGCUCUCCACUUAAGGACCAUUCGGACAUAUGGGGUGCUUUGCUUGGUGCUUGUAGGAUUCAUGGAGAUAUGGAUCUGGCAUCGAUUGCAGCUAGAAAGUUCUUAGAGUUAGAACCGGGAAACGCGGGUAAGUACGUGGUAUUAUCGAAUGCAUAUGCGACUGGUGGGUUCUGGGACUGUGUUAAAGAUAUCAGGGGGGUGAUGAGAGAGCUUGAUAUUAUGAAAGAGCCUGCUUAUAGCUGGAUUGAGAUUCAGGGGGAGGUUCAUGUGUUCUCAACACGUGAUAAAUCUCAUAGAAAGUCAGAGGAGAUACGGAGUCUCAUUGUUGAGAUGACGAGCAUUUUAAAGGCUGAUGUCUGUGAUUUGGAGAUUGAUGAGCAUUAGAUCAUGAUGACGUUGGAAGUUGAGUUAUCCCGAAAUUAUCUGAGUUGAGUUAUCCCUAAAAUAUCCUAGUAAUCGGAAUCGAGAUGCUUGAUUUACUUUGUUAAAUGAAUUGAUUGUUCUUGUGUCUAUGUUUUGCAGAAGUGUGGCUGUUGUAAAAUCGGACAAGGAUACAAGAUAUGGUUUGGACUCAAUUGUAACACAUGACGGUCUGAAAUUGCCCUGCUGGUCAUUGCCCAAAUUGUCGAUGUUCAGACAAAGUCUUGGUGUUGAUGCUUACAACCAGCUGGAUGUAAUUGGGAUUGAUGAAGCUCAAUUCUUCGGAGACUUGUAUGAUUUCUGCCGCGAAGCUGCUGAUCAGGAUGGUAAAACUGUAAUAGUAGCUGGCCUAGAUGGCGAUUACAUGAGGAGGAGUUUCGGUGCAGUUCUCGACAUAAUCCCACUUGCUGAUUCCGUGACCAAGCUGAGAGCUCGCUGCGAGCUCUGUGGCAAGCGUGCUUUCUUCACGUUGCGAAAGACGGAUGAAACAAAGGUGGAGCUGAUUGCUGGGGCUGACGUUUACAUGCCGGUUUGCCGGCAGCAUUAUGUCAGUGGACAAGCAGUUGUUGAAGCUACAAGAGCUGUUGUAGAAGAGUCUUCCCAAAAGAGAGAAGAGCAGUUGAAUUUGCUGCUGCUCGGAGAGGAAGAGAGAAGCUUCGAGGAUCGUCGGAGGAGCCGUGAGCUAUCACCGGCCGCCGCUUCUGCAGCUGAAUUUGCUGAUAAAUGACUAAUGUCCAGAGGGUCAAACCGAAAGCUUGUUUCCCGUGCAAUCAUUCACCUGAAAGUCUUUCCCAGAACCCCAUCUAUAAUCCUUCCCCCGCCCGCCUCCCAUCGUUUUUUCUCCGAUUCACAGUUGGAGCUCAAGGGUUCAAACGAUGAAAAUGAAUGGGAAAGAUUGCUUAAAGCAUUUGACCUCAAAGAGCUUCGAAGGACUCUCAGUAAUAGAAUCACCCCAUUUCAGCUCUGCAAGCUGCUUCAUUUGCCUCUCGAUGUCUCCAUUUCCAUGGAGCUUUUCAACCGGGUGGGCGCUCAGAAGGGCUACAUGCACACAUUUGAUGUAUACUAUGCUUUAAUCGAUAAGCUUGGUGGUUCGAAGGACUUCAAAUCUAUAGAAAAGUUAUUGGUGCAAAUGAAGGAGGAAGGGAUUGUCUUCAGGCAGUCUUUGUUCAUCAUGAUCAUGAAGCAUUAUGGCAGAGCUGGUUUCCCUGGGCAAGCCACUAGAUUAUUGUUAGAUAUGAAGAAUGUCUAUUGCUGUCACGUCACAUUCAAGUCUUACAACGUAGUCCUCGAGAUACUCGUCGCUGGUAAUUGUCCUGUUGUCGCGUCGAAUGUUUUUUAUGAUAUGUUGAGUCGAGGCAUCUCGCCGAAUGUUUACACAUUUGGAGUGGUGAUGAAGGCUCUCUGUAUGGUCAAUGAAGUGGACAAUGCUUGUUCUCUGCUUAGAGACAUGACCAAGCAUGGAUGUGUGCCAAACUCUAUUGUUUACCAGACGUUGAUACAUGCUCUAUCGAAGAGGGAUCAAGUUGAUGAGGCUCUGAAGCUCUUGGAAGAGAUGUUCCUCAUGGGCUGCAGACCUGAUGUAGAUACAUUUAAUGAUGUUGUUUAUGGGUUAUGUAGGGCCGAGAGGAUCCACGAGGGUGCUAAGUUGAUUGAUCGGAUGGUUCUGCGUGGGUUUAUCCCGAAUGGAGUGACGUAUGGAUACCUAAUGGAUGGUUUGUGUAGAUUGGGAAAAGUAAAUGAGGCAGUUGCCUUACUGAACGAAGUACCGAGCCCUAGUGUUGUCCACUUCAAUAUCGUUAUCAAUGGGUAUGUGAAGAGUGGUAGACUCGAUGAAGCUAAGGAAAUUCUCUGUAGAAAGAUGAUAAACAGUGGAUUUAUCCCUGACCACUUCACAUUCAACAUACUUAUACACGGGCUUUGCAGGAAGGGGUUGUUUGGUUCCGCUCUCGAGAUUGUUGAUGAAAUGGGUCGGAAAGGUGUUGAACCAAAUCUGAACACGUUCACGGCUUUGAUUGAUGGUUUCUGUAAGAAAGGUAAGCUUGAGGAAGCUAGCCGGAUCUAUGAAGUGAUUGCAGAUAGUGUUACUUACAAUACUCUAAUUCACGCUUUCCUGAGGCGGGAUGAUACCCAGGAAGCGAUCAAGCUUAUGAACGACAUGGUUUUUCGAGGGUGCUCUUUGAAUGAGACAACUUACAAUAGUUUAAUACGUGCACUAUGUAAAGCUGGGGCUGUGGAGAAAGGGUUAGGCUUGUUUGAUGAAAUGAUCAGGAAGGGUUUGGUUCCCAGUAAUAUUUCAGUUAACAUAGUGAUCAAUGGCCUGUGCAAAGCUGGUCAGAUGAACAAUGCGAUGGAGCUUUUGCGAGACAUGAUUCAUCGAGGUAUUGAACCUGACAUCGUUACCUAUAACAGCCUGAUUAACGGUUUCUGCAAGAUGGGACGUGUCGACGAGGCAUUGAAUAUUUUCCGCAAACUGGUGGUUGAAGGCAUACAACCCGAUGCUGUGACUUAUAACACUUUGAUUUGCUGGCACUGCCGAAAGGGAAUGGUCGACGAUGCUUAUUCACUUCUGGAUAGAGGUCAUAUUGCAGUGCCCAUUGAACACCCUUCAACCGCAUCAGCAUCAGAUUUGCUGUAA